AUGGCAGCAUCACUGUUCACCUUUUCCUCCACUUCUAGAAGAGUCGACCCAGCUCCAAACUCUCCUCCUCUUCCCAAAUACAUCAAAGCCACAAAUGUUGUUUUCAACCCUGAUAUACCAGAUGUUCAUCGUGGUCUUGGACUUGAUGAUUUUGUCAAUUUCUUAGUCUCCUGCCGACUUCGAUACGCAAUCAGUGAGGUUCCAUCAGAGUUCUUUCCCAAACAAGUAUGUGAGUUCUACUACACUGCAAUGGUUAAUGAUGAAAACAACGUCAUCUCUGGGACUAUUGGGCGUGGACGACGCUCCGUUUUUAUCACUGCUGAUCUCCUCAGUGUUGCGCUCAGGUUACCAAUCUAUGAACCAUUCUCUGAGCUUCCACCUACUGAACAUUGUCGACACCUCUUUGAUCAACUGGGCUAUGAUCACUCAAAGGCUGGUGCUCGAUCAGCUCUCAUUCCGCGUCAAUGUAUGACUCCAGGAUGGAAGUUCUUCACCGGGGCUCUGUGCAAAUGUCUUGUCCAACUUCUUCGGGCCAAUGUACACGCUGAUCAUGCCCCCUUUCGACGCUGGAUUGCUCUUGUCCUAGAUAAAUUUUUCGCUGAAGCCUAUUACUCCCACUACGGAAACCCCAUCCAAUGCCCACGCAUGUCAGUACGAAUGUAUCAGGAUGAUCCAAUGGAAAAUGACAUCGGCAUCUCUGAUCGAAUGAGAGAAUGGAUCGCAAAUCCAUAUAUUGUUCCUUCACUAACUGCUGAUACUAAUGAAGGAGCUGAUGGUAACAACCAAAAUCCUGCUGAUCAAAAAGCUGAAACACAGGACGGUGGGAAGCAACCAUCCCAGGGGGAGCAACCUUCUCAGGGGGAGCAACAUCGCUCACAAGAAGUUCCAGGUACUCAGUUCAUUCAUAUACCGGCCUCAACAUUUAAUGAGCUUCUUACACUGACUCGGGACAUGAGUAAGCGUCUUCUACGAAUUGAGGCUGAUGUACACCAACUGAAGGAAGUUCUUUUGCCAACUCCUUCCCCUGGCCUACAACAUGAUGAUGAUGAUCAAAAAGGGGGAGACACUGACUCUGUUGAGCUUGGAUCUGAAGAUAACAUUUUAAAUCAGACCGAGCCACCACAGCCUGUGCACGAGUCUGAUAAAAUAGUAGAAACUUAA